AUGGCGGGCCAUUUUUACCUCGGUGUGAUCGUUGCAGCCGUUUUCACGGCAGCUGCCGUCAAUGCAGAAAUCAAAGUAGUCUGCGAGAAAGACGCUGUUAAAAUCACAUGGAGGAUCCACCCGGAUUAUGUGCCGUACGCAGCUCGCUUCUUCCUGGGAAACUGCAUGGCCUCUCAGCUCAAGGUGCUGCCCAGUGGAGAGGGGGAGGCCCACUUCAACGCCGACUUCACACAGUGCAAGUUCAGGAAACUGAUGAAGGGAAAAUACUUGCUCUAUACGAACGAGCUGACUUUUAGACCUGAAGCGAAAUCUAAACCUCCGGCUUUUACGUAUCCUGUUGAAUGCGCUUUCUUAAGACCUGAGGGAUGGGUUCCCCCAUUUCUGAACCCUGGAUCGGGAGUUUCUGAGGGUCACGGUGGGCUGGUCUUCCACAUGGCGCUUCUCAACGAGCUGCUAACGGGGAUAGCAAAGACCAACAUCAUCCCCCUGGGCUCAUUCAUGCCAAUCUGGGCAGCAGUGGAACAGAAAUCCCAUCAGCCACUGAUGCUGCUCAUGGAGGAGUGUGUGGCAGCCACCUCGCCAGAACUGAAGCCCGGCAAACAGCUUUACCCCAUCGUUGGCAAUCAGGGGUGUCUCUUUGAAAGCGUCAAUGGAAACUCGGUGUUCCUUCCUCGAUACCACUCUUCAGCGCUAAUCCUCUACUUGCAGUCCUUCAAGUUUGGUCUUGGAAAGGAGGUGUACAUCCACUGUAAGCUGGUAGCUUGGGAUCCCGAGGUGCUUAAUGAAAAUAAGAAGACCUGCCAUUACGUGAAGGAAGAGGACAGCUGGCAGCUUCUUGAUGACCCGUUGCAGAGCUCCCUCUGCAGCUGCUGCUCUUCAAGCUGCAGGACUCGCUCCAAAAGAGGCGUUGAAUGGGAUUCUCACAGCCUGAGUCAAACAACUGUGUUGGGACCUAUCAUCAUUGUGGACCCAUCUGAUCCGAGGGCCAACAACGCAUCAGUGGAGGCUGCCGACAUGUCGGAGGUGAAUUGGGAAAAACUCAACUGA